CCUUAUAAUGACAACCAUCGAAUGGCCAUACAGAUUUGUAUAUGAAAUUUAAGGAGAUUUUAAAGAGAAGAGAGAAGCAGAAGACAGAGCAUGGAAAUUGGAGUUUCAGUAAAGCAAAAUCGUUUGCCUAAAGAAAAGAGAGCAGAAUUGCUGAAAAUAUUUAAAGCUUUUGAUGAGAAUGGGGAUGGAAAGGUUUCAAAGCACGAGCUAGCUCGAGCAUCCAGGAGGACUGGAAGCAAUAAAACACUCAAGGAUAUAGAAAAAGUACUCCGGACGAUCCACACUGAUUCUGAUGGUUAUAUCACCUUUCCUGAGCUGGAGAAAAUGUUAGCUGGACAGAGUGUUGAGAUUGACUAUGAAGAUGAAAUGUUACUUGCUAAAUUUAAUGAAUUUGAUUUGGAUGGCGAUGGAUCCAUUACAAAGAAGGAACUAAAAAAAGUGCUUCGCUCUAUGGGAUGUGAAAUGCCAGAGGAGGAGGCAGAGGCCAUGAUUCGGGAAGCCGAUAAAAAUGGCGAUGGUGUCAUCAGCUUUGAUGAGUUUAAGGCUGUUUUAACAAGUGGGGACUUCUAAUGGCCACCUACCUUUUCACCUGACAACAAAUACUGUGUUGAGACUUUUGAGAAGAAGUUAGUCUCUUAUCAUUGUGAUCAAAGACUUCUACACAGCAUAAACAGAACAUUGUAAUAAUCACGAUGUAAAUGAUGAAUUCUCUAUGUUAAACCAUUAUCAUGUGAAUGACUGACUAUGCUUUGUAACAUACGAAAAACGUAUUCAUGUUAAAGUCUGUAUAUAUCUCUCAGCCCACAUUCAUCAUCGAGUAUAAAGCUUGGUAAUUUUCCAUUAAAUAUCAUUGUUUAUCAAUCAUUCAUUCAAUCAAUUCAGAAUAAUCGUAAGAAAGAAAAAUAAUAACAACAAGUGUUUCAUUUCGUGCUACAUCGAGCAUGAUAGAGUAUUGUCAAAGUAUUACCAAAGUAAUCAAAUUGAGAAAUGCUUUACCAGUCGGUGUUUUUAUUUUAGAAAUUCUUAUUAUGCAGGAUAUUGUGUUUUAUCUUAGGGAGGCUUGAGUAAUUUAACCUAGUGCUAUGCAAUUUCUCAUUUCUUAAAACCGUAUUCUUUAUGUAAAUAAUAUUGUAAAGUUCGAAAAG